AUCGCCCUUUAAAAAUAAGUUGUGACGUCACAGGAAGGGAGGAUCGUGGCUCUGGGCGAAAGACGAGUAGGAGACGUAAGUGGAUCUGGGUUUAGAAAGGAGCCACGAUUGCCAACAAAUUUCCUACCUUAUCGUUCGGACAGCUUUAACAGCACUAUUGAGACCGAUUUAUGUAAGAAUGGCAAUCAAAGUAUAUAUCUCCGGCGUUUGUGGUAGUCAAGAAGUUAGAAAACGACAGCAACGUGUCCUAUUUGUUCUUACUUCAAUGAAAAUAGAUUAUGAAGUUGUAGAUGUAACGGAACCUGGAAGAGAUGAAGAUAAAGAAUUUAUGAAAGAAGAAUGUAAAAAACAUAAUAAAGAAAAUGUUCUCCCUCCACAAAUAUUCAAUGAUAACGAAUAUUGCGGAGAUUACAGUGAUUUUGAAGUUGCAAAUGAUGAUGACAAAUUGUUAAUCUUUCUAAAGAUGCAGGAUGAAUCUGCUGCAAAUGAAACUACUGUUAAUGGUAACAAAGAGGAAAUAAAUGAAAACGAAGAAAAUGUAUAUGAAAAAGAAACUGUUGAUGUGAGUUAUAAUGAAACAAAUGGAACAGUUGAAGAAACUAGGGAAGAGAAAAAAGAAACAGAGGCAUCAGAACCAAAGGAAGAAAAAGAAACUGCAGAAAAUGAAGAAAAAGAAGCUGAAGAAAAUGAAGAGGAGGAGGAUGAAGAAGAUUAAUGAUACAAAAUAAAAAAAAUUCACACAACAAAAAAUGGAAUCAAAAAAUAUACCCAAAGUACCAAAAAAAUGCAUGAUCAAACUUUAAAACUUUUACAAUUUUCUAUGGAUUAAUGUUUAGAAUGUUAAUUCUAUAAUUAAGUGUAAGUGUUCAUUACCAAUAAGUGUACUAAUGCAAAUAACUUUUAUUUUUACAGCAUGGAAAGAUGAAUUUCUGAAUAAUCCCUGGCAAGCAAAACAUCUUCCCGCUUUGUUGCAUGUCUGCUUAUUCCUGCCGAAUCCACUGAACAUAAGAACAAAGCAUGACCCAAUUCUGCAACCUGUUUUUUAAUUUUUUUUUAUGAUUUAAAAACUUUUGCACAUUACUUUAACAUUUGCAUCACUAAUGUUUAGAAUUGUAGUCAUUGUUUUGUGUUAAUUGGCAGCUGUUAACAUGUUCCUUCCAUUUGGAUAACUGUGAUAACAAUAACUAUUGGUAUGAUACCCUAGAUAGACAAAUAUAAAUGAUGAUAAAGAAAAUGCCUUAUGCAUGUUUGAUGAAGCAAAAAAUAUGUUUAAUGCAUGAAAUGUUUACCAAUUUUGUUGUUAAGUCUAUAGUAUUAUCAAUUGAUGCAUUGAAAUAACCUCAAUUUUUACCUUAAUCCAAAAACAAAAUGCUUAAGAAGCUUUUAAAUAUGAAAUAUGCACAAUUAAAAUUGUCUACACACAGUAAAAUUUUUAAACGAAAUAUAAAUUAUGAAGUUUUUAAUGUUUAAAGGUACACUGAGAUUUUAAAAAAAAAUUGAGAUUGUUUUCUUUUGUACUUAAAUUCCGAAAUUCACUAUACAACAUGGUAGAAAAUUUAUUUUUUUAUGUUAUUUUUCUGGAUGUUACACCUACUUCAAGGAAAAAAAAAGAUAUAUUUAAUUUAUGAAAUAACCUUUAGAUUUUUUAGUAUAUAUUUUUAGUAGUAAUAUCUCAAAAAAAAUUUUGAACUUUUUAAAUGCAGCUAAUACUUCUUUUGGAACAGUCUCUGCAGCAGUUUCUGCACACUGUAACAGCAUAAGUAGUAACUGUACCAAAAGAAUAACCAUUUAGCUUCUAAAAAUAUUUUAUAUUGCUUAAAUAAAGAUAUUUGGAAUAUAAAUAUAUAAAAAAUGUUUCUAAAUAAAUUAAUAGGUCACUUUUUUGUUAUUUAAAGCAAUAUAAUGUUUGCUCAAAAUAUGAAGCUUUGAAAGUUUUAAAAAGUCAUAUUCUAUUUUAUUUUAUUAAUUUUUUUUCCAUGAUUUGACAAGUCCUUUUUGUGUUAAUUAUCCACAGUAUGAUGAUUCUGUAUUUAUUGACAAAAUUACAGGUUUGGAACCAGUGCCAAUACACAUUGAUACUUUUUCUUGUAAAAUCUUAAAAGAUCAUAGAAAACAGUUCAUCAGUUUUAAUGUAAUGAGUAUGUUGAAUAAUAUACUCUCUAAAUUGUCUUCAUUUGCUGUGGAUAUGAAAUGUAAAAUAUAUAAAUGUUGAUUUGAUCUUUUGUGAUAUCAAUAAAUCAUGGUAUUUAUCUAAAUUUA